GAACGGGCGUGCACCAGCCAGUCUGCUCUAGUCUACGGUGAAUAUUCGGUGAAAGCUGUUCUAUACAAAGUAAUACGAACGUGUUAUCGCCAAGCGUUGUUUACAAAUUGGCCAAGAAGCAGCAAACAAAAGGAAAGAAUUUAUUAAAACGGAUAUUCGACAAACGGAGCAAAUAUCGCAAAGCAAACCAAAGUGGUCACAUCACCAGAAAAAAUACUCAUUUUCAAAUUGUAUCGUGUGUUCCAAAUACAAAAAUUGUCAUGGGGCACUGAGCACAUGGCACAAGUGUAACUAACCACUUAAAUCCAGUGUCAUCCUUGAAAGUUAUUACAAAGUUCAAAGUGCGAACAAAAAUAAAUUGCAAAAAAGCCUGUAUGGCAAAUUUGAUGAAGAAGAAUUGGAAAAAAAGUAAUAAAUUUUGUGAAGCCAACUUCUCGAAUUACGUCUGCAUUUAAUACACCGCAACACAGGCAUUUAAGUCUGAUUUAUCACUGGCAUAUCCCUUUGUAGCAUAGCUAAACAAAUGUCCUUUUGAUUCCAUACAAACUUGUUUAUGUGUGUCACACAAGUUUUGCCGCAUAAAAUAAGUUUGCCAGCAAAGUUCAUAAAAACAAAUCCGUGCAGUGUCGUUACCAACGGUUGAGUGGUUGAACAAAUGAUGAUGCUUCAAGGCUAAAAAGUCCUGCUAACAAAUCAAAGCCAAUCCUAAGUCUACUUUGAAUUGUCAAACAAAAAAGAAAACAAAAAAACACGAAAACGAAAACAAAGAAACCUUUCCCCUUAACACAAAAGCCAAAAUUACAUGAAAUAAAAAGAAAAAGUGGAAAUCAGUGUUAGAGCCUGAAGCUGUCGCUCGUUCGCUCGCUCGCUAUCAACAACUAUUAUUAUUAUUGUUGUUGUUACAGCCUAUAAGAAGCCGGGGCACGCACCAAACAAAAGUGAUAGUGAAAUAUGCCAUUGUUGUUGUUGCUGCUGCUGUAAACGUCUAAGCAUGUGUGAGUAGUGUAGGCUACGAAAAAAAACAAAAACGAAAAAAAAGAAGUGAAACUAGGAAACAAUUGUGUUGCAAAAGUCCUACAAACAUAAACGCAGCAACGCCAAAGUGCCCGUGGCUAUUCAACAUCACAACAACUAACAAUAAUAAAACAUCCACUCGAACAUCAUACACACACAUACAUACUCGGUGUCGUGAAAACAAAAAAUCGAAAAAAAGAAGAGCCGUCGAAUAACUGCUGUCUCUGUAAGUACCAGCAUGAAGGCACCAACACAUCCAUCCACCUAGUGAUAAAACAAAGCAAAACAAAAAGUGAAAUAAAAAUUGCCUUAGCGCAAAAGCUUUUGUUAAGAAUAAAGAAAAUAACGGCAGCAAUAAAAACAAAAGCAACGUGGAAAUGUUUUUCCUUUUCGCUCUGUGUUUUUGUGAAGUGAAAGUGUAAAUGUUGCUGAUGCGAGUCUGCCACGCAUUUAAGUCCCUCAUCAUCAAAACAUUUGGAUAUAUUCAUGGACGUGAGCACACACUCUGAAAGCCCCCGCACAAAGUCCCACACACGCGGACAUACAUGCAAAUCUGAAGAAGACAAACAAACAAACACGAAUUGUGCUCCUACCAAACAUUACAUCAAAGUGUGAAUGAACGAACGAUCGGACGAAGGGAAAAGCAAAGCAAGGGCGCCUCCUAACAAGAUAAUUUGUGCAAUCCAUUAUCGACCACAAGGGAACCUUUUGAAGAUCUCAUCAUUAUUGUGGACAUUGAACUUUACCUCCGAUCAAGGUAAUACAUUCUUGAACAUUGAACAUCUUGAACAAAUAACACCUUCACCUCAUUCUUCAUAACAACAAUAUUCCAUUUUAACCGAGAUCAGCAGCAGUAUUUUUGCCAUCCGCAUCAGUAGAUGUGCCUGAGAACUCAACGGAAGGAAAUAGACCAACGAAGCAACUACCAAAACGGCAACAACACAAAACCACCUACAACCCAAUAAUCUACCUACAUGCAACUAGAAAAGACUCCCUAAGAAACCGAACGUUGUGUAAUAACUACUUCAGCAAGAAAAUAACAAUAGGAGCAAACAACAAAAAAAAACAUAUCGGACUACAGAAUCCCCUCCGAAUGAGUGAAUCAAAGUGCAAGUGACAUUCCGCGAAUAAUCCAAGUCCUGUGUGCCACGACCGAGCGUAAUUUCCAUAAUUGAACAGAGCCACCAAAUGUAAAGCACCAAACGAGAAAUCAACAUAUCUUUGGGUUUGCGUUCGUUCCAAAAAGAGAUUCAAACGCGAAAUAAGCAGAAAGAAAAAAACUAAAAUUCGAUUAUAGUUGACCCCCUUCAGACAUCAUCUAUCAUUCGGCAACAACAAAUGCCAUCACUUGAUAUCCUUGCCAUGGGAGAAUAGAAUAAAAGAAACGACAUUUCAUUCGACCAAGGGAUCACAAAAAGUAGAAAAUACAUGAAAAAUGAUACAACCUAAUACGAUUAUGACCAACAAAAAUAUUCGCACAAUAGGAAAGCAUCAUAUUAUGGACCAAUAACAAUAAGCAUUACAAAGCAAAGCAAAGGAAGUGUACAAAAAGUGCAGGACGAUAAAAAGAAAUCCACAACAAAAACGCAAAGAAAAGAAACGAAACGAGGAAACCCAUCAGCAUCUAUCACAAAAACGAGCAGAAGUGUACAAAAGAAACACAAUCGAAUUAAUUUUAUUGUCAUUGCAAAACAAUACAAUCGCUCACACACACAAACACGUGUCAAACGAAGAAAAAGUAUAUGAGCGAAGAAAAAACCCGCACUCAAGAAUUACAAGCAAAAUAACACUUUAAGAGCGACAUUUAUUCCCAUGCGUCAUUUGUCAUUGCAACAAUUGUAGGGCGAUAAAGCGCAGAGUCAUUGCCAACCCCAACAACACAAACAACAAAACCAUUGAGACAGAACGAUUUGUUCAAUUCGCAUUUAUUGACCUCUUGGUAAAUAGUGGUCGUUAACAUUGCCAGCCAACGAUCCAAGGGGCACGAUCAUACUGCCGACUCUACACGAAUAGGACACGAAUGCUAAACGUGUGACAAACGCCUUCGGGUUCUCCUCCACCGCACCAAUAUCAUCAUUGGUCCUGUAGCAGGAAGUACAAUUGAAGGAGCUGCCACAAAUGUUGCCCACAUUAACGCCAAUGCAUUUGCUGGAAUUACGUCUCAUCUUACUUUGCCUGCCAUCCAUUCUACUGGCCACAACACUGGAGCCAGAUCAAAAGUCAAUACUUACCGAUAGCGAUUGGAAGAAGUUAUGGAUGCGAGGAGGUAUAAAUCCCGAUUCAAGAUUCGAUAGCAACAAUUUAGAUUCCAGCGACAGUCCAAUGUUCGAAGACAGCGAAAUGAUGGCGCACAACACGACCGUCCAGUUAGGUGGAACCGCGUUUCUGGUCUGCAAAGUUUCCGGCGUGGAUAGAGUGGGUGUAAAUUGGAAUCAAAUAUCCUGGAUACGUCGUAGAGAUUGGCAUAUCCUAUCGUCGGGAGCUCAGUUGUACACAAACGAUGAACGCUUUGCUAUUCUGCAUACACCGGGAUCAAAUAUGUGGACACUGCAGAUAAAGUUUGUGCAGCGCCGGGAUCACGGCAUGUAUGAGUGUCAGGUUUCAACACCCACUGGCAUCAUAUCGCAUUUCGUUAACCUUCAAGUGGUUGUGCCAGAAGCAUUUAUUUUAGGUUCUGGCGAAUUACAUGUCGACAUGGGAUCAACAAUCAAUUUAGUUUGCAUAAUUGAAAAGAGUCCAACACCUCCGCAAUAUGUUUUUUGGCAAAAGAAUGAGCGAUUAAUUAACUACUACGAUUCCAGACGAGACAUUUCAAUUGAAACGACACCGGGUCCCCGAACCCAAAGUCGUUUAAUAAUAAGAGAACCACAGAUAUCAGACUCCGGGAAUUAUACAUGCUCUGCGAGCAACACAGAACCAGCCAGCAUAUAUGUAUUUGUGUCAAAAGGUGAUAAUAUGGCUGCAAUAUCGAGAAGAAAAACAUCAUCUGCUGAUCGUAUCGCUGCCAUUUUUAUGUACGUUGUGGCACCAUGCGUUUUGGUGAACACACUAGGAAUGCGGCGUAUCUUUCUUACUUAAGACUUUUUCGUGUAGCCAUCUCUAGAUGAAUGCAGUGUUAGUAAAUUAAAUCCUAUUUAAGUGAAAUUUACAAAUGUUAAGGUUUAAUAUUAAAAUUUAGUCAUGUAUGUACAAAACUAACUAAAAUUUAUGUAUAUUUAGCAAAUAUUGUAAUUAGUGUUUAUCUAUUGUUUAAACAGUUAGCAAAACCCUGUCACACACACACACACUCGUACCACUCACUUACGCACACAAACAUACAGACAUACAAACAAGGCUAAAAUAAUAAAAAGUAUAUGUAAAUUUCUAGUAAAAUACAAGCAGUGUCAAAAAUCACCACAUGUCCACAAUAGAUUUACUCAACCUAAUAAAAUAUUGAAGAAACGUAAAAAGAAUAUUAUAACUUAAUUAAUUGAAAAUUGAUUGGUUUUAUUCCAUGCUUCCAUCCAUUUCUUCUCUUCGAAAAUAUUUAUUCGGAUCUCCACUUCCAUUUCCGCCUCCCAACUAUAAACUCGUGUACAGUUCCGCAAUCCAACCGUUUCCAGAAAUGUUGUUAGCUCCGUUACCAGGCAUUCGUAUUUAAUUACAUUUAAAUAAAUUUGCCGCAUACCUUUUCAGUUGAAUAUCUUUUGUAAAUACUUUCGGUAUAAAUUUAAUCUAAGAUUUGUUUGUUUAAGUGUGUGUGUUUGCAAAAACUAAAGACAACAAAAACAACAACAACCACAACCUACAACAAGAAGAAUUUGUUCGGAUGCAUUUUUAUAAUUACAAUCUAAGUAAGUUCUAGGCAAACACUGUGACAUUGCAAAUAGGCAACUGAACAACAAUUGAAAACAAACCAAACGACCGACCGACAGACAGACAGACAGACCAACCGACCCAACAACAACCAAUCAAGAAACACGAAAACUAAAUUAAAAUUGAAAUCAUACGAACGAAAUGCAGCAUUAAUUAUGGAUAGAUAUUAAAAUGCAAGCACACAUGUAUGCAAGUGCGUAUAUAUAUGUAUGUGUGAUGUCAGCGUAUGCAAGUGUAAGGAUUUUAAUAACUAAUGCCCUAAAACUUUUGUAUGACAACAACUUUGUUGACGUUGUUGUUCGGAAAAUAUUUCGAAAUGUACUUCUAAUGAUAAUUUAAAUACCACAGAUAGAAAUUUAAAUUAAAUUGCAAAUUCAUAAAUGGAAUUAAUUUCACAACAACAAAAAAAAAACAAAGUACACACAUAUGUAUGAGUUUUUAUAUACAGACACACACAUAUUUUAAGAGAAAAUUCCGAAGCAAAGACAUUUCCAUUCCAAAUGCGCCAACCAUAACAUUAAGGCUUGGGGUUUAAUUUAAGAAUGAAUAAUGAAAAGUGAAAAUAAUAACAACAACACCAAAAAUAGAAUCUGUCAUAUUCAUAAAUAAAACUACAUUAUUUAUGCUAAUGAGAAAAUGUAAACUUGUGGAACCGAAACAAAAACCAAAACACAACAAAAAUAAAAACCAAACAAUUUAAUGGCUCGAGUGCAAAUGAUAUAUGAGCUGACACGCGAAUAUGGGCUUGGCAAACUGACAAGAGAGAGAGAGAGAAAGAGAAAAAAACACAUUUUGUCACAUAAAAUCAGCAAUCAGUGAUUUCAAGGCCAACGAAAAUUGGAGAGCUAUUUCGCUUCGUGACCUGUUGAGUGGGCAUUUAAACAUCGAUUAAAACUAAACCUAGUUCUGGUGAGAACUUUGCAAAUAGCUAAUCCAAUUUUAUGUAGGCAAUCCCAUUUAAAUAGAAUUCUAUUUUCUCAAUACAAUAAAAAAAAAUAUUUCAAUACGGAGAAUCUGCGACAUUUAACAACAGUUUCCGAUUAAUACUAAUUUUUAUGUAUAUUUCGUUUAGAUAGAAAAUUCUGUGUGCUCAGGAAAAUGUUUGAUACCCAAAUAUGAUUUCAAUCGUUUAACCUACUGAGAAAUUAGUUUAUUUUAAAUACAAGACAUUCAUAAACGAUAUAAACGCAACAAUCCUGCAUUGUUUUGCAGUUACAGUACGACCAUCUCUUCAUAUUUCAAAUUUCAAGUUAUGUAAAUCGUAAAUAUUUUAUUAUAUUGAAAAAAAUGUCAAAUUUGACACAAUGUCAUGGAAAAUAUAUAAUAUGACGUAUUUGAACUUCUGAUCGAAUUUACAAAUAAGAAUAGAACUUGUAAUGUUUUAACUAACUUUUCCAGCCGAUAAUAACAAAAAUCCGUAACUUUUAAACGCAAAAUUUUCAUGGACAACGUUGUAUCUAUCGACUGGUCUUAGUGACUACUUAAUCGGUCGAUUCUCUAACAGGAAAUCGCACUAUUAAGGCAACAUUCGAUAUCAAACCACACUUGUCGUAAUUUAUGCAGUUGCUUAAGGACAAUUAUCCUUUAGUAGACAACAAAAGGAGCAUUAUAGCAGCCUUUAAAUAUUUGUACUAAAUUUUAGGGUUGACUUUUUGUAUCGGAGAUGUCAGUUUCUACAGGCGACCGUCGCAAUUCAAAUUGCUUUUCUCUCACAAGAUUUCUUGCGACAUGGCUUUUCUUAGGCAGACCGUACGACUUUAUCCUCGCCAGGCUUCUCUCAUUGCAACGAAAGUAGAGGGAGCAACUAGCUGACAGAAAUAUGACCUCUUCAAGGAGGCUGUGUCUUCUUCUACACAGGAUUCAACCUUAAAUAUAUCACUUUUAAUUGCGUUAUCAUUCAGUAAAUUUUUCUACCUUUCUCUGUGAUAAGGGAUCAAAUCGAGGUUUUGAGCAGACAUAGUUAUUUAAUUUACGGUUAAGACAAAAGUUUUUUACGGGAACCCUUUUUUACUAGUUAGCUUUUUUCCUUGUAACAGGAUACAACGGAUAGUUUUCAACUAUUCCGCUUCGACCUCAAUUACAUUCUCUCUAGGAUUUGGAAUCGGAGUUACACAUACAUCCUGAUUUCCAUCAUAGACACGUACUUAUAGUUUGCGUGUGUAAUGUGUUGAAAUGCUUAAUGUGAAUAUAUUCAUCUAGUUCUAAAUAAAUCAUUUAGCCUCUUACCUUUGACAGAAAAUGUUUUCGAAUACGAGUACCAGUCCAUUACGGAAACAUCUCAAUGUUGAGAAAAUAGAAGAAGAAAAACAUUUCAUAUUUUACACAAAACAACAAUAAAUUAAUUUGUAAAGCAUCAGAACCACGUGCCGAAUUUACACAUGUAUUCUUGCGGAUAUAUUUCAUGUUUACUGUCAUUAACAUAAAUUAUGGCGCUACAAAUCACAUGAUUUAUUUUACAUAUUUUUUACUCGCAUUCCUGUUCAACACACUCAAAUACUAUCAAUUAAUUUACGCCAUUAAUAUUUACAUCAUUAAUUAUUUAAAGCGCAUAAAAACCAGCGCAACCAGCAUAAGAGUGGUUGGUGCAGAGGUCAUCGCUAUAUAUGUUUGUAUCUCUAUAAAGUGACGUCAUAGAUAUGUGUUAAUGUUUUCAGCCAUUCCUAUCUGUUACUUGAUUUGAAUUUACUUAACUCAUAUUUGUUAUUAUUGUCGAUACAUUCUAUAUUUAUUGUAUCAUUGCUGAUUAAAAAUAAUCCGGGGCUAAGGGGUUCUACCCUACAUCAUGCGACCGAAUCAACACAGCAAUAACCUGAACACAUGAGCAAUAUCUCUCAUGCUUAAGGCUAUUUAAUCGAUAUCUGGUAACAAUUGUCAGGAUAGGGUAAUGGAGAUGCCUGUGAACUCGAGCAUUACGAAAGAUUCAGUUGUAUUACUGAGGGUUGAUGGAUUUGACUGGGAGACAUUUUUCAUGCAAGAACUUAUGGACUCGCUCAAAUUCAAAAUUUAAAAUGAAAUUCAAAUAUUGGUGUAUUUAACAUUGGAUUGUAAUAUUAUUUUAAUCAAAUGAAAAUCGCUGUCCUAUUACAUUUUGAUAAAACUACUAUUCGGCAAGAAGUUAUAAGUUUUAAAGUAGCCUCACAUUGUUUCGUGUCCUUUUUUACAAAAGCCACAUCGUGACCAGAAAAACAUGGCUAAAGACAUAUUUACGGGGGUGUUAUUUAUAUAAGCAUUGUUUUUUGAAUCAAUUCAAAAUACACUAAUGUUCCAAUAAAUUGUUGUAAAAUAUUUAAUCCAUUUAUACCACAAAUUCCCUUGAUGACAUUGAAUGUCAGUAUGAAUACGGCUACAAUUAUUUCAAAUACAUGUACACAUACACACACAUAUAUAUUUGUACAUGCAUGUACAUGCAUACACAUGUGCUGGCAUUCAAAUUCACGACGUACACAUAGCUAUACAUACAAAUAUAAUAUUUAAGUAGAUACCUAAAGUGAAAUAUCAACCAUGAACAAAACUACUCGUUAAUUUUGUUGCCCAUCUGUAAUUAUCAAUUGUAAAUAUUAACAUAACCACAUGACCAUAAAAAAUUCUCGAUUGCAUUAACAUGAAAUAAUCUAAAAAUAACAAAAAUGCAACCGCUCCCCUAUUCGGAACAAAUGGAAUAAAAAUAUUCAAACAAAACAAAAAAGGAAAAAAAAUAAAACACCUAUGAUCUACAAAAAGUAUCCGGAAAUAAAUUAAUUUAUUUAAUUAUUUAUAUUAAACAAAACUAUGAAAUUAAAUUAUAAAAAACGAGUGUUAAAUAAAUUAUGAUGUAAUAACUUUUAAACAUUACAAAAAAAGAACAAAAGAGAAAAAAAAUUGAGAAUACAAAAAUACAUAAUAAUUGAAGUAAUAAAAACAC